CAUCUGUCUGUAAAACAUGUUUACAUCUGGAUACAGUGAAUAAAGUGUUCAACUUUGUCAUGUUACUAACCAGGGCUCAAAGGACCUAUCAUACCAUGCUUGGUGCAAUUUCAUUAGGUUUCACUUUCUUUUCAUCAGACACGAAAGCACACUCCUUUCCAGUGUGACUGUCCCAAGAGUGCAAUAUCAUUCCAGUCGAAUCAAACUGCUGACAGACCUCUUUCAGCAUUACUUGAACAGAUUUGUUCCAGAAUGGUUUACUCGCUUGAGAACAGCUCUAAGUGGCCAUGCGUAGUAGUCACAUUAUUGCUCUUUGUAAGUAUCGGUGUGGCUAUUUUCACAUUGGUGACGACUUCGGAUUCAAUGCAAGACGCGAGGAAAUGUCAGAGCGAUCUUAAGCUUCAAAACCACUACCAUUCACAGAGUGUUCUGAAGUGGGAGAAGGAACGGGAGAACUUGCUGGCUCAACUGGAAACAAGUAGAACGGAUCAAGCAAGACUACAGGCAAUAGUGGCCCAGGGAGAGGAAAACCUGAAGACGGUUAACUCAGCCCUUAUCUUGUGCCAGGAAAGAACGGAUAUUUUAUAUACAAAUCUCACAUUGGUGGAAAAUCAGGUUUUGAUGCUGAAAAGUGAACAGGCCAAUGUGACAGCGGAAAUGCAAGGUGAAAUCGAUUCACUUCGAAAGAACUUGACACGCAUAUCGCAGGAGCUGCAGAGUACCAACCAGCAGUAUACUCAGGCCAUGGUGAGCAAGCAAGCAGCCGACUCUCUGAAUCGGGAGCAGCUCUCUGAGAUCAAGACCUUGAAGGAGGAGGUGUCGGCACUCAGUGGAGUGAACAAACCUGUGCUCGUUCACAGCAUCACUGCUCUUUGCAUAAUGGCACUGCUAAUGGCUCUGUGAAUGUGUAAUGGAAAGGAGUGUUGGAUCAGGAUUGUGAGGGUGGCGAGCCACCAGGAGAGUGAGUGGAAGUCUCUGAAUCUACCAGAAACGACAGUGAAUGUGAAGAUCCAAAGCUAUGCUGAAUCAAUACAAAUCAAUGCAUGUUACCAGACCAAGGCUUGUCACAACUGAAUACUGUGACAGCAUAGCAUCAGACCCCAGAUGUUAUCAGCAGGAAUGAGACUCAGAGGCAAGAAGCUGCAGUUUAAAAUGCUGUUGUGCAUGUUUAAUUAAACAAAAACAGGAGAACAAAUAAACAGGCCCUAGGGCCAAAAUAAAACAAAACCAAUACAAAAAGCGACUGCACAUUCACUAAGCAUUCACCUUCACUACAGACUUCCAACACAGUAUACAUACAGCUCCAAACUCAGGUUCCACUCACCUACCUACCAACCCCCAAACAAAGGAUUGCCACCUCCUUAAAUACCAUGUGGCUGGAGCCGAAAUAACCAUUAAUCAAUCAAUUAAUACUCCUGCCACAUUCACACAUGUAUUUAUGGCAAGGAGGAUUUUAACCCACUCCCUGCCAACCCUAUAUUCCCAACACACACAAAUAUACAAUUUACAUACAGGGUGAUUUAUUAUUAUUAUUAUUAUUAUUAUUUAUUUCUUAGCAGACGCCCUUAUCCAGGGCGACUUCAGUCGUAAACAAAUACAUUUCAAGAAUCACAGUACAAGUAUUAAUACAAUUAAGAGCAAGAUAAAAUACAAUGACUUCAGUUCUAGUAAGUACAAGUAUAUUACAAAAUAAGAUUAGAAAGUGUUUACUACAUCAGCACACCAUAUCUCAUGUAGUAAACUUACUUUCAAAACUCUGUCCAUACACACAAGAUAGGUCCAUAUACACCCAGAUCAUGAAGCUCUUAACAAUGUGUAUCAAGGAGGCUGUGUGGUCCAGUGGUUAAAGAAAAGGGGCUUGUAACCAGGAGGUCCCCAGUUCAAAUCCCACCUCAGCCACUGACUCAUUGUGUGACCCUGAGCAAGUCACUUAACCUCCUUGUGCUCCGUCUUUCGGGUGAGACGUAAUUGUAAGUGACUCUGCAGCUGAUGCAUAGUUCACACACCCUAGUCUCUGUAAGUCAAGAUCAGAAUCUCAUGAUGAUGAUGAUGAUGAUGACUCGAAAAAUCUCCCAAAUCUCCAAAAUGUAAAAAGUAUAACAAAGUCCCGAGAAUUCUCAGCUGGCUGACUUCUUUCAAAGUACUGCUUGUUUUCUCAACUAAUCGUGUAGCACUGAUGACAGUAACACGCUUGCAAACUGAUGGUUAUAGUUUCAAUCCCACGCAUGCAAAUGUUUCGUUCUAAAACAGAAAGGAAUCAUUUAAUAUAAAUGAUAUGGACUUUUUUAUUUUUUUUAUUUUAGUAUUUAUUUUUGCUUUUACAUAUUUACAAUGUGGCAAACAGUAUACAUUCUUUGUCAUACA